AUGACCAAUCUGUAUGCCAUCCAGUUGCAAGAUGCGCACACAACGAUCCACCGACUGGAACAGGAGAUUGCUCGCUUACAAGAUGGCGUCAAUAUCCAGCUUAUCCGACUGCAAGACAAGCACACUCGAGUGCAAGCCAAACUUCAGAAGACAAAGGACAAGCUAGAUCAGGCCCAGAGGGACCUGUACCAGCAAACAUCCGAGAACACAAAUCUGUGCAGCAAGCUGGAAAUCAUGCAGCUCCGAAUGGAGGUGCGAGGCGGUACGAUGAUACACCAUCAGCAACCUCAAGGUGGUUUUUACGGCUCAGGCUUUAGUGGCCCAUUGAGAAUGGGAACCGGUGCAUUUCCAAGUCAAUCAACUGAGCCCCGUUACAUGGGCAGCGAAGCAGCGUUGCCAUCUGAGGCAAAUGAAGCUAUGGGGCAAGAUGUUUUUACCUCAAGUAUGCCCGCCCCACAAAGUGGUACUUCUUUCGCCGCCGAAUCGCUCCGAGCCCGUCACCUUACACAAUAG